GGCCCAGCCCCGGGCUUCUACUCCCGGGUCCAGGGCUUCCAUGCUCUCCCAGCGCCUCCCUUAGGGGUUGGGAAAAGAUGUUGCUAUCAUAGGUCGCUGAGGCCACUAUCUUCUCUCUUAUUGGCCAAGGCCGAAAAAAGAUCGUCCUCCCAUUCGCUAGCAGGCAAACCCCGAGGAAGCCCAUUGGCUGUGUCGUCCUCAGCGCUCUAUCCGCUCUGAAAGCGGCCGAGGCCGUGAGGGGAGUGGGCGGGCCGGGGGCUCGCUGUUGCCGUGGUUACUCGGAGGCACGUGUGCAGUCCCGGAAGCGGGUCGGGGAAGAGGCUCAGCGCGCGCCGCGGGAGGAAGCAUCCCCCGGUCCGCUCGGGUCGGGUCCGGCUGGGCCAUGGAGUCGCUGCCUGAGCCCACGUCCCGCUGUCUGUUGCUUCUUCGCUUGCUGCUGCUGCUGCUACUGCUGCCGGCCCCGGAGCUGGGCCCGAGCCAGGCUGGAGCAGAGGAGAACGACUGGGUCCGACUGCCCAGCAAAUGCGAAGUAUGUAAAUAUGUCGCUGUGGAGCUGAAAUCAGCCUUUGAGGAAACUGGCAAGACCAAGGAGGUGAUCGGCACAGGUUAUGGCAUCCUGGACCGGAAGGCCUCUGGAGUCAAAUACACCAAGUCCAUUUCAGAGCCCCCAGACCAGAUGACCUAUCUUCCUUCCAGCUCUGACUUACCUCCCGUUGGUGAGAUGGAAACUCAGGUCCUUUCGUGCUGCUGUCUCGGCAGGGACUUGCGGUUAAUCGAAGUCACUGAGACCAUUUGCAAGAGGCUCCUGGACUAUAGCCUGCACAAGGAGAGGACCGGCAGCAAUCGGUUUGCCAAGGGCAUGUCAGAAACCUUUGAGACACUACACAACCUGGUCCACAAAGGGGUCAAGGUGGUGAUGGACAUCCCCUAUGAGCUGUGGAACGAGACUUCUGCAGAGGUGGCUGACCUCAAGAAGCAGUGCGACGUGCUGGUGGAGGAGUUUGAGGAGGUGAUCGAGGACUGGUACAGGAACCACCAGGAGGAGGACCUGACUGAAUUCCUCUGCGCCAACCACGUGCUGAAGGGAAAGGACACCAGUUGCCUGGCAGAGCGGUGGUCCGGCAAGAAGGGAGACACAGCUGCCCUGGGAGGGAAGAAGUCCAAGAAGAAGAGCAGCAGGGCCAAGACAUCAGGCGGCAGGAGCAGCAGCAGCAAGCAGAGGAAGGAGCUGGGUGGCCUUGAGGGAGACCCCAGCCCUGAGGAGGAUGAGGGUAUCCAGAAGGCAUCCCCCCUCACACACAGCCCCCCGGAUGAGCUUUGAGUCGAACCCAGUGUCCCCUGUACCGAGACCCCUGACUUUGAAGCGGAAGUGUCUGGGGCUUGACUCUGGCAGGCACACAUGGCUCUGCCGGCUGCAGCUCCUCCCUGCCUUAGCUGUGACCCUCUAAAGCCAAGGAAAGACACAAGCCCCAGGAAGAACGCAGAACAGUCGUGGUCAGCCCAUGCCGGCCUAUUCCCUCCACCACGCAUUUCUUUCCUGACUCAGGCUUCAGGUAAGCCGUGUGGUUUCAGGACUGUGAGGACUCCAGGGUGAACUCAGGAGGGGCAGGUGUCAGAGCUGGGCCCUGGGACUGGAGCCCCUCCAGAGCCUGUGAGGAGGGCAGCCGGGCCUUCUCCCCCCCACACACAGGGAAGAAAGACUGCAGCACCCCCUAGCACCUCCUCUCUGCUCACCCGCUCCUCUGGACACCUUAUAUACUCUGCCUGGUGCUCCGCAGGACUCACAGAGUAAAAACCUUCUGACCCCUUGGUUCC